AUGCAAAGAUUUUAUAUGGCAGAAUUAUUCCUUGCUAUAGAUUCAAUUCACAAAUUGAGUUAUAUUCAUAGAGAUAUUAAACCAGAUAAUAUAUUAAUUGGAUAUGAUGGUCAUAUUAAAUUAACAGAUUUUGGACUUUGUACUGGAUUUCAUAGAAUUGAUACUUCUAUUACAUUAAAAAGUCUUAUUGAAAAAGCACAAAAAGAACAAAUUAAAGUAGAUCUUGGUAUAACUACUAUGAAACAAAUGCAUGAUUAUAAACAUCGUUCUCGUGAUUUAGUAUAUUCUGUUGUAGGAACUCCUGAUUAUACAGCACCAGAAGUAUUUGAACGAGUAGGAUAUGGUAAAGAAUGUGAUUAUUGGAGUAUUGGAUGUAUUUUAUUUGAAAUGGUAUGCGGAUUUCCACCAUUUUUAAGUGAUGAUGCAGUACAAACAUGUUUAAAAAUUGUUAAUUAUCCAGAAUCUUACAAAUUUCCAUCAAGAUUAGAUUUAAGUGAUGAAGUUAAAGACCUUAUUCAUCAUCUUAUUUGUCCUGUCAAUAAAAGAUAUAGUUCUAUUGAAGAAGUUAAAGCACAUCCAUUCUUUAAAGGAUUUGAUUUUAAUUGUAUUGAGAAAAAUAUACCUCCUUAUCUUCCCAAACUAAGUUCUAUGUUUGAUACAAGUAAUUUUGAAGAUUUUGAAGAAGAAGAAAACUUUGAUACUAAAAUAUCACCUCAAGAUACAAAGAAUCUUGCAUUUGUUGGUUAUACAUACAAAGGAUUUUUAAAUGUGUGUAAUCCAAAUAAAAAGAAAAAUUCACACAGUGGUGUUACUUUAGAACAAAUAUUUACUUCACAUGAAAAUAAUAAAACAAAUUAG